AUGUCAAAAAAUAUAAUCAACGUAAGGACAUAUGACCCUAAAUUUCCACAUUAUUUCGCAGACGGUACCGGCAAAGAUGCUUUCAUUAAUUACAAUAAUGGUGGACUUGCUUUAGCUAAAAUUCCUUUUCAUCACGAAUCCUCAGCUUUUUACUCCAAGCGCUAACCUUAAUCACCAUCUCCCUUAAAGGAUGCAGUGGCUUUUCAGUACAGACCAGACGGCACUGGAAGAGAUACUUACAUCUACUGCAAUUCUGGUGGUUUAAAGAACACUUCUUUCACUCCUUAUGAUGAAAAGAACUUCCAUAAUUCCCUUAGGACUUAGGAGCUAUAAUCAACUAAGUACUCAAGAUUAAAACCAAAGUGGGAUUAAUCAGCAGAUAUCACCAGUUACCUGAACUGGAGGACUCCAAAAAUUCAAAAUUAAGUUUAAGAAUUCGCCAAAUAGCAGAAGGCUAUGGUCUAAAGACUUUCUCCUAUAAAGAACACCACAUUUGAUAAUGGUAAUAAAUACAAUACCACAACAAGUACAAUGAGGAACAGCAGAUUAAAUAUUAAGGAUAAUCUGAACAUGACCUCAGACGGCUUCAAUAAUAAUAAUGAUAAGUACACUUCGUCUUUGAAUCAAAGCAUUGAAAUGAAUUAAGGCAAAGAAUUUUAAAAUCGGUAUUCAAUAGCAUAAGACUAGAAUACAAUAGCCAAAAGGAACAGAAGAGGAGUGAGCUAAAAACUUAUCUCUGACAGUGGCAAAGCUUAACUAUUUAAGACUUAGAAGAAUCUGAACCUUGAUGAUUAGACUGAGGGCUACAAAAGAAAACUCUUAGACUUGUCUAUUUCGAAGAUCAAUGCCUUUAAAAAAGAGGACUUACUCAAAAAUAUUAAGAAUAAUCAGUGA